CUAUGCCUGUACUAUAACCACAUCCCCACCAUCAUAACCUAUAAGUUGUUGUUUACUUUUCGGCUUGUUUAUUUAAUUCAAAAAUGGUUUACAUUCAUUUUCCUGCGAAUUUUACGGAAGAAGAGCUUAUGUUACAAGCUAAAUAUACAAAAUUGAAAAAGAAGAAAAAAGCUUUACAAGCCCUGAAAGCACCCAAACCGGAACCCGAAAAACCGGUGGUUCCAAAGAGGCCCGCAGAAGCUAGAGAUGCAAGAGAGGUAGCUAAGAAGCUAAUUAAGUCGGGCGCGAUCAGUGCAAUACCUAAACAGGAGAAAAGGCCAGAGCAGGCAUUUAAAAGGCCACGAGGUUUGGAGAGAAAAUUAAUAUCGGAGAAGACGGUUAGCGGCUACCAACCAUUCUCCGCUGUUCAAGCCGAUGAUGGACCAGACAAUCCUGGCAAUCAACCUCCACGAAUAAAAAAUUUGUAUGAUACAUUUGCGAAUCAGCGGGAUCGUGAAGAAAGGGGUUUAACUGAGAAGCAACGAGAGAAAACUGACAAACCAAGACAGGGAAAUACCAUUUACGUCACCGGUUAUAAAAUAACUGAGGAAUUUUUAAAGAAACACUUCUCUACUGUAGGCAAUAUUGUUAAUAUAUCGAUGGAAAUUGAGAAAAAUCGUGGUUUUGUAACAUUUGACAAGGUAGAAGCAUCGGAUAGAGCGAUCGCUGAGAUGGAUGGCAGUAUGGUUUCAGGAAUACCGCUGAAAGUAUCGUUAGCAAGGCGACAGCCACAAAUUGAGCCUAUUAAUGAUGCAACAUCGUCAUCAACUUGGUCAACUUUAGCCGCAAGUCACUCGCAGAAGGGAAAUCACAAAGACAAGCGGGACCUUGUAAUUUACGAUGAUCUUUUUGAAUGAGUGUUUUCGUUUUGGUAGGUGAUUGAGAGGAAUUACCUAAUUACUGGAAGGGAUGUGUAAUUAUUUCAUUAAUUAUUUAUUCUAUAGGCAAUUGUAUGUAAAAAUUGACAGUAAUAAAUACAUGUUAUACGGAA